AGUGUAAUGUGUCGCAAAAACGCUUCUCACUGGUGCAAUAAAGGAUCUACCUUGAUUUAAGCGGACAAUAGUGGGUGUGACACCGGACUAUAUGAGGAAUCACAUCACAGACUACAAGCGGCGCUGGACAGUCCCCUCCCCACCCGCGAGGACCUGCAUUUGAGACAGUCUAGGUGUCUAGGAAUACGACAAAGGCUGCCAGUCUGCAUUGAAACGAGGGAUGGUCUAACGUAAAGAGCGGAAGGGGCAGACAGACACCGGCUACAGCCCAUCCGCCCCAUCCAGCACAGCAGAGCACAUGAUCCUCUCCUCCUGCUCUUAAAACCAUCACUAGCAUCCUCUGGAAGAGAUGACAAGCCAUUAGAUGUGUGCUUUCAUAUCGACUGUGCUCAUCGGAUACACGCGCACAAAGAUAGGCUACUACAGCCCCGGGUGUUGACAUGGAGCUGGAGCAUUUCGACGAACGGGACAAAGCACAAAGAUACAGCCGUGGGGGUUCACGUGCGAACGGCCUGCCGAGCCCCACGCACAGCGCCCACUGCAGCCUGUACCGAACCCGGACCCUACAGGCUCUGAGCUCCGAGAAGAAAGCCAAGAGGGUCCGGUUCUACCGCAAUGGAGACCGGUACUUCAAGGGGAUUGUGUACGCUAUUUCCAACGACAGAUUCCGGUCUUUGGAUGCUCUGCUCGCAGACCUCACCCGCUCCCUGUCAGAUAAUGUAAAUCUGCCUCAGGGCGUCCGGACCAUUUAUGCCAUUGACGGGUCGAGGAUUACCAGCAUGGAUCAGCUGGUGGAAGGGGAGAGUUAUGUAUGUGGAUCAAUUGAGCCUUUCAAGAAUCUGGAAUACACUAAGAACGUCAACCCCAACUGGUCAGUCAACGUCAGGACCGCAGCAUCGGCACGAGCUCCCAGCUCUCUGGCCAGCGCCAAGGGUGGUUCUAUGGAAAUCAAGGAUAACAAGGAUUUCAUCCGACCCAAACUGGUGACCAUAAUCCGCAGUGGGGUAAAGCCUCGGAAAGCCGUGCGUAUCCUUCUCAACAAGAAGACGGCCCACUCGUUUGAGCAGGUUCUCACAGAUAUCACAGAUGCCAUCAAACUGGACUCUGGAGCGGUCAAGAGGCUUUAUACAGUGGAUGGUAAAAUGGUGACAUGCCUUCAGGACUUCUUUGGCGAAGAUGAUAUAUUUAUUGCCUGCGGCCCAGAGAAAUUCCGCUACCAGGAUGACUUCCUGUUGGAUGAGAGUGAGUGCAGGGUGGUGAAGUCGCAGUCCUAUGGCCGUAUUUCUCCCAUGCUGGGCCGCUGCUCUCCCCGCAGCGGUGGACCGUCAAGAAGGAGCAAGUCCCCUGGUUCCAGCAGCUCAGCUAACGGAACAGCAGGUAGUCAGCUGUCGACCCCACGGUCAGGAAAAUCUCCCAGUCCAUCUCCCACCAGUCCAGCCAGUCUGAGGAGACGAAGGGGCUCUCAGCACAGUGGCUCCUCCCUCUCUCUGGCCUCCACCAAGGUGUGCAGCUCCAUGGACGAUGGCGAUGGGCCGGGCAGUGAAGCUGAGCUGAUGGAGGAUUGUCCUCAGGUUCCUGCUUCCAUAGCCGAGAGGUACAGGGUGGGACGAAUGAUUGGUGAUGGGAACUUUGCUGUGGUUCGAGAGUGUGUGGAGAGAUCCACAGGCCGAGAGUACGCGCUGAAGAUCAUUAACAAGAGCAAAUGCAGAGGGAAGGAACACAUGAUCCAGAAUGAGGUGUCUAUUCUUCGGAAAGUGAAGCAUCCUAAUAUUGUUCUGCUGAUUGAAGAAAUGGACACAUAUAGUGAACUCUACCUGGUCAUGGAGCUGGUCAAGGGUGGCGACCUCUUUGAUGCCAUCACAUCCUCCAACAAAUACACAGAGCGGGACGCCAGCGGGAUGCUGUUUAACCUGGCCAGCGCUAUCAAAUAUCUGCACAGCCUUAACAUUGUUCACCGUGACAUCAAGCCUGAGAAUCUUCUGGUCUAUGAGCACCAGGAUGGAAGCAAAUCCCUGAAACUGGGGGAUUUUGGCUUGGCAACAGUUGUGGACGGACCACUUUACACUAUAUGUGGCACCCCAACCUAUGUAGCUCCAGAGAUCGUCGCAGAGACGGGGUAUGGAUUGAAAGUUGAUAUCUGGGCGGCCGGGGUCAUAACAUACAUAUUGCUUUGCGGCUUCCCGCCUUUCCGUGGGAGCACAGAUGACCAGGAGGCUCUUUUUGACCAGAUUCUGAUGGGACAGCUGGAUUUCCCUCUUCCAUACUGGGACAAUGUAUCUGACACUGCAAAGGCACUCAUUACCUGCAUGCUACAGGUGGAGGUCGACCAGAGAUACACAGCUCUACAGGUGUUAGACCAUCCCUGGGUCAAUGAUGACAGGAUGUGUGAGAAUCAGCACCAGCUGUCUGUGGCCGGCAAGAUUAAGAAACAUUUCAACAUGGGCCCCAAACCCAACAACACUACUGCAGGAGUCACUGUCAUAGCAACCACCCCUCUUGAUAAGGAGAGGCAGGUUUUCAGACGAAGACGCCACCAGGAUGUGAAAGCGGCUGCUCCCCGCAGCACCCAGAGCACCUUCCCCUCCAGCGCCGCCGCCGAGUUCACCUCAGAGUCAGAGGACAUUUCCCCCAGCUCGGCCGAGACGGUCCGCUCUCCCACAUCACCGUUUUAAGCCCAAACCCGGUCUUGGCAGGAACCAAUGGGAAAUUAUUUAGAAAUAAAGGUAAACUGACUUGUGAAUAGCUAAUGAUAACAAUUUUUGAAUAGGACCGUUUGUUACGUGGAGCAGAUGUGAUUAACUAGGACUGCAUGGGCUGGUUUUAUGAGGGGCGUAAAAAUAAUCUCACACUCUUAGCAGUUUUUCAUCCAAAUGAGAAGCCCUUGUCAUUGUCUAAGAGUUUUCUCUUCACCAUAACUACAUUUGGUGCUAUAUGAGGUAAACCGCCUCUCUUUUGCACCCUCUAGUGUUGGAUAGAAAGUAAUGCAGCCAAACCUCCCACUCUGUUUCAAGUCAUCACACUCAAUAAACCUGCGAUGUCUUAGCAUUUUUUUUUUUUCCAGUGAAAAAAUCUUUUACGUGUGUUUUUACCUUUUGUAUGAACUUUAUAUAUUUUAAAUAUUUUAGGUUUGUACAUUUAUUUCAAACUGAUAACUUCUAUUUACAUAUUUCAGCCUUUUCUUUGAGAAACAUGUUUUCUGUUUGUUGGUUAGACAUUAGAAUGUUCUUUCUAAAACGUGGAAAAUGCCUGAAUAGUUGAAGCUCUUUUUGAUGUAUGUGGCUGUAGAAAAGCUUGUUUGAAUUUAAUGCAAUCCAAGUGAUUGAUGGGUGCUGAUUUAACAUGUAUGCUGCUGCUAUGAUCUCUUCUCUGUAAGUUCAGUUCUGUCAGUACCACUUGUCAUGAAGAUAAAUAGAUCGUACAGCUACUUCCCAGAAUUUGAAUUCCUUCUCAGAAUGUUAAUUUUACGUUAACAAGAGAACCGAAUGUACGAUUAUUGUAAAAAGUAGCGGAACGGAAAACAAAGACGCACUAAAUGUCCACUACUGAUUUUAAAGAGUAGCCUACAUUUGGACUAAAAUUGUGCAUAUUUGUCUUUUUAAGUGGAAUGUAAUAUUUUAGUCAGAUUUUUUAUUUUUUUUGCAUUAAGCAGUGUAAUGUCUAAACAAUAAGUCAAUUUUGAUUUGAAUGUAUGUUGUUUUUGUCACAUGAUGGCCAAAUAUGACACGACAGAAUGAUGCCCGUUUCCACCAUAGAUAUGGACUAAAAAAAUAAUAAUAAUAAAGGUAAUUGUGACUUUUCAUCUCACAAUUCUGACUUUUUUUUCUUAAAAUUCUGAGGACAUUAAAGUCAAAAUUGCAAGAUAUAUACUCAGAAUUGUGUGGGGGGUAGUUAGUUUUGUAAACGCAAAACGCAAAAAAUAAACGCAGAAUUGAGAGAUGUAAACUCGGAAAUGUGAAAAAAAAAACAGAAUUGUGAGAUAAGCUUGGAAUUGCACAAUUCUUUUUUUUUCUCUCAGAAUUGCAAAUUUGA